GUCAAAGCUACAGGAGCCGUUUGAGUUUUGUGUGAAAGGGCAGGAAGCACAGAGAGACCAAUCAGAAGAAGAAACUGUAGAAAACUCUUGUCGUAUCUAUAUUAAACACAACUUCUCUUUUCCUGCAGAGUAAAGCUGUUUGUGAUUAUGUGUGGAUCAGAGUGCAGCAGGCUGGAUGUGACGAUGGGGCACUCUUUGCUCUGCAUGAUGGGCUUUUUCUUGCUCAGUACUGUCAUCUGUGGAAAUGCUGAAGCUCCUCCUAAGCUCACUGUGUUCCUGCAACCAUCCAAGACUCAGUUAAACAGCAGUGUGAUAUACAGCGGUGAGACAGUCACUGUCAGAUGUGAGAUUCAGGGAGGUGAAGGAGCUCAGUGGACGUAUGAAUGGAGACGAGGCCAGUCAAACACACAUUCAGCAUCCACAGAAUACACAAUCAACAAAGUUACUGAGUCUGAUGCUGGAGAAUACAGCUGCCGGGGCAGACGAGGCUCUUCCUGGACUGAGUGGAGUGAUGUCAUCGCAUUGACUGUAUUACCUCCUCCUAAGCCCACUGUGACCCUGCAGCCAUCCUGGACUCAGAUAUACAGAGGUGAGACAGUCACUGUCAGAUGUGAGAUUCAGGGAGGUGAAGGAGCUCAGUGGACAUAUGGAUGGAGACGAGGCCAGUUAAAAUUAAAUGAAACGUCCAGAGAAUACAGAAUCAGCAGAGCUACUGAGUCUGAUGGUGGAGGAUACAGAUGCCGGUGCAGAAGAAGCUCUUCCUGGACAGAGUGGAGUGAUUUCACAGCAUUGACUGUAUCAUCUCCUCCUAAGCCCACUGUGUUCCUGCAACACAACUGGCCUCAGAUAAACAGCAGUGAGAUAAACAGCGGUGAGACAGUCACUGUGAGAUGUGAGAUUCAUGGAGGUGAAGCUCAGUGGACGUAUGAAUGGAGACCAGACAAGUUAAACACACCUCCAACAUCCAGUGAAGACAGAAUCAUCACAGUUACUGAGUCUGAUGGUGGAGUAUACAGCUGCCGGGGUAAAAGAAGCUCUUCCUGGACAGAGUGGAGUGACAUCAUCACACUGAAUGUAAAACUUCCCAAUAAGCCCACUGUGACCCUGCAGCCAUCCUGGACUCAGAUAUACAGCGGUGAGACAGUCACUGUCAGAUGUGAGAUUCAGGGAGGUGAAGGAGCUCAGUGGACGUAUGAAUGGAGACCAGCCAAGAUAAACACACCUCCAACAUCCAAUGAAUACAGAAUCAUCACAGUUACUGAGUCUGACAGUGGAGGAUACAGCUGCCGGGGCAGAAGGGGGUAUUUGUUAACACAGUGGAGUAAUAACAUCACACUGACUGUAUCAUUAACUGGACACAGUUCAUCUCCUGUGUGGUUGAUGGUUGGACUGGUUUGUGGAGUCUCUCUCAUUAUUAUUCUCCUGCUCUUGUUGUAUCGCUGCAGACAGUCCAAGUAUUCCUGCUUCACCAGGUCGAUCCAGUCUGAGAGUCACAGUCCGGGCUCCUCCACAAAUCAUGGAGUCAACCAGGAUGAAACUCAUGUGUACGACUCUCCCCAUCCUGGUACCAAUAACCUCUAUGAAUCUGUUAGGCACGUGGAAGACAACAGAAAUGGAUCAGAUGAACAUCAAGAUGCCACAUACGCUCUUAUUGAACUUAAAAACUUUGGAAAGAAGAGGAAGCAUCAUAAACCAGAGCAGAGUGCUGUUUACUCUGAGGUGAAGACGGGAGCUGCAGAGGACAGUCUGAUGUAUACUGAGGUCAAACGCCCCAAAAAAGAAAAAGCCAAGAAAAAAGCAGGAAAAUCAAGUCCUGCAGCUGAUGCAGCAGUUUAUUCUGAAAUCACAUUAGGAAGCUUCUCUGGUCAGUGAGGAGAGCUGCAGCAGCAAAGCCAAGAAGAAGCUUUUUAUGAAUCCACUGUUGCUCCUCUGCUGCCCAAAUAUCAGACAUGCUCACUUUUUAGUGUUUAUGAAGAUGAUAUUGAAUAAUAAUAUGAUAUAGACUUGUUACUGUUGUUUAGCAUAAAGCACACAGAGGUGUGUCCUGUUUCAGAUCGAUGCUCUUUAUCUUCAGCUGAUAUCUUUUAUAUUCACCGUUGAACUUUUUUUUAAAUAAAACUUUGAAUGUAUCCUGUUCCAACAGCAGUGAGAAAAAAGUUUGAAGUCUUGGAUUUUAGUAUCUGAUAGCAACGACUUAAAGUCAGCAGAGUUUCAUUAGGAUCUGCUGCUAUGGACACCAACAAAUACUUUUACUGUCUGAGUUUAAAAAUCUACAUCAUGUAAAAAGGAAUUAUCCAUCUAUGUUCUUCAGGUUAUUAAUUCAGAAUCACAGGAGCCUCUUCCAGCUGUCACACACCUGGACAGUUCACCAUUGUGUCACAUGACUAACUCACAGAGACACACAAACAUUCAGGCUCACAUUCACACCUACGACCACUUUAAAAUCACCAGUUAAUCUAACAUGCAGGUCUCUGGACUGUGUCUGGACUGUGGGAGGGAGCUGGAGUACCCGGAGAGGGGCCACACAGACCCGGGGAAAACCGAGCCAGGACCUUCUUGCUGUGAGGAGACAGUGCUAACCAGCACACUGCUGCCACCUGCUGAUCUCUUACUACAUUACAUCAGUCAUCUCAGGAAUGCAGCUGUGCAGCAGAUUCAGACUCAUUUAUCCACACACCUUUUUCUGCACUAAAUGUUACCUGUAAAUAAUCCCUCACCACUUGAGAGUAACGUCCUCUUUUCAGGGUAAACUGCUGUGUAAAUAACAUCCAUUCCAACACCUUGUUAUAUUGUUAUUAUCAAGUCUCGUUGGCUGAU